AUGGAAAUGGAAUUUUUUCAAAGGGUUGUACAACAUUAUUUUGGUAUUGCAUUAAUGUGUGAUCAUAUCGAGAAAAUUCCAGCAUGUUCAUCUGCUCGUCCAUUUCAUAAAAACGAUUCUAGGAAAAAAAACGAUUCAUCAUUAUUCGUUGGAAAAUCGUAUGGAAAUUUUAAUGCUAAGAGCGAGAUUUGCAGUCGAGAUUAUUUGGUUUGUAAGCUGGGAAUAAUGAAAAAAGAAAAAUGUCCCUUUGGCCUUAUCUUUGACCCGAUCACUGAACAAUGCACCUAUCCUCAUAUUGUCAAUGCUUGUUUAAACUAUAAAUUUCAUAGAUGUAUCAAUAAAAACGAAGAAUUCGAUUGCAUAGUUCAGCAGAAGAAUAUUGAAAAGAAUACAAAUACUUCUAUUGCUUCAAUAAAUUUGACUACGAAUUCACCUAAUUCACCUAAAAAUAAAGAUGCGCAAGUGAAUUGCUCAAAUUUCGAAGCUAAUCUCCAUGCUAUAAAUGAUUGCCAUGAGGAGUUUUGGCUUUGUUUAAACGGCUCAAAAUUUUUAUUAAUAUGUGAAAAUGAUUUCGCUUUUAAUAAAAUAACAAUGAAAUGUGAAAAACGAAUAAGUAUAUCCACAUGUCCAGAAUAUUUAUCAAUUUCAACCACAAAACCAAAAUCAACAUUAGAGUUCGUUUCAAAUUACGAUGAUAGACGAAGGCGAUUAGCUAUAACAACGAAUCAACCGUAUGCGAAUGAUCAUCUAAAAAUAUCAAAAUUAAAUUGUACAAUGUUAUGGUUAGAAAUCGAAUCGAAGAAGAAGAAAUCCACUGAUAUGCAACAAAUGAUAAAUUAUCGUUGGCCAAAAUUUAGUGAACAAAUAAAUUUUUGUGCCGAAAAAUCGAAUGGUUAUUAUUUUUUAAAAAAUUGUUCACCCGAAUAUAUUGCUUGUUUAUUUGGUAAUGCAUAUGCGAUGAGAUGUUCACCGAAUUUAAUAUUUAAUCAUAAAACGAAAAGUUGUGAUGAACGAAAAAAUGAACGUACAUGUCAUAAUAGUGAUAAUAUUCAUAAUAAUAAUGAUAAUGGUGAUAAUCAAACAAAUCAAUUGCGAUUAGAAAAAGGAAAAGCUAUUGCCUUUAAAUGCCCCGAUGGUUUAAUGUUCAAUAAUGAAAUGGUAACUUGCGAUUAUCCAUCGAAUAUAAAAGGAUGUGAUGAUUUUAUCGAUGAUAAAAUUUUUUCUCAAGUGAUAAGUGAUAAAAAUAGAAAUUUGGAUUGCAUGGAAAAGAUAGAUGGUCUUUACGAAAAUGGUCCAUGCAUGGAAACAUAUUUCGCUUGCAUCAAUUCUAUGAAAUUGCCUCGACGUUGCUCAGAAUCUCUUGUUUUUAACGAAAUUACUGGUUAUUGCGAUCAUCCGGAAAAUAAUAUUGGUUGUAGAAAUAAAUCAACGAUUUUUCAAGCAGAAAAUUUAAAAUUCACAUCUGAAACAAAUACGUCCUCUUAUCAAAUGAUUUGCAAAGGACAUACGACUGGUGAAUAUUCUAUCGCGAUAUGCUCACAGUUUUAUUUAAUAUGCAAUGGAGAGGAAGGUCGUAUUGUAGAAUGUCCAUGUGGAAGAGUGUUCAAUGGCAAGAUUUGUGUUGAACGAUUAGAAUGCGAACAGGCGAUCCAAGAGUUAUCAACUCAACUAACUACUUCCAUUCAGUUUCCUACUUCCUCUACUCAGCUUCCUACAUCCUCUACUCAGCUUCCUACAUCCUCUAUUCCAUUUUCUAUAUUCACAGUUUUGCCUUGUGCUGAAGUUAUAAAGUCAAAGUCAAAAUCGUACGUUACCACAUCGAAUAGAUCUGAGCUUAGCACUAGGCCGAGCAUUCAGUUAAAUUCAUCAAGUAUUUGGCUUACUACAGCAUAUAAUAAAAUUAUGAAGCAAAGUGGUCGUCUUUCUAAACCUUUUACGCAAAUUAUUACGCCACAAAAAUCAAAAGGAUGUGUUACGAAUAAGCGUUUUGCUGUUGGAAAAUGUGAACCAUAUUAUUACGAAGUUUAUGAUGAGAAAUAUCUUAUCAUGAAAGAAUGCAUUAAACCUUACCGAUUUCAUCCGAUAUUCCUACAAUGCAUGCCGAUUAUCAGCAAUCAAGACUGUCAACAAUCGUCGUCGAUUGAUGAAUAUGUAAAAGACGACUUUCAAGUUCACGACAAUAAUAUAGCGCCAGUUGGAAGUAAUUUCAUCAAUGCUGCACCUGAAAAUGCCUUUAUUUUAGAUGGCUUCCAACCUGGAGAAUAUUCACCACAUUGGAAUAUAGAAAAUUAUGAAUUAGGUGAACAAUUAAUGGUCAAAGAUGGUUAUGGUGGACCCCCUUACGUUAACCAUAAAUUUGAUCAUAAUCAGGUAUUUUUGCAGGAUAAACCAAAUCAUAUUAAUAUUCGUAGUACAUCUAAAACUACUGUUGGCCACAGUACGCUUCCUAAGUAUGACUUUUCUUCAUCUACACCUAAUCCUUUUCUUAGUCGUAGUACAUCGAAAGCUGCUGACGCCAGUGAGCUUCAUGAUUAUGACUUUACUUUAUCUUCAUCUAAACCCAAUCCUUCUUUCACUCCUAGAAUGCCUAAAGCUACUGGCACCAGUGACCUUCCUGAUUAUGACUUAACUUCAUCUACACUUUAUCCUUCUUUCAUUCCUAGUAUGCCUAAAGCUAUUGACGCCAGUGACCUUCCUGACUAUGAGUUUUCUUCGUCUACACCUUAUCCUUCUCUUGUUCAUAGUACAUCGAAAGAUGCUGACGCCAGUGACCUUCUUGAUUAUGACUUUACUUCAUCUACAUUUAAUCCUUUUCUUAUUCGUAGUGUAUCUGAUACUAUUGGCCAUAAUAUUCAGCUCCCUAAGUAUGUCUAUUCUCGGCCUGCAUUCAUUACCAGUCAUGAUCGUACCACAUCUAAACAUGUUGUACCUAGUGAGUUUCCUGAAUAUGGCUUUUCUUCACCUACACCUAAUCCUUCUUUUACUCCUAGUAUACUUAAAGCUACUGACGCCAGUGAGCUUCCUGAUUAUGACUUUAUUUCAUCUAUAUCCAAUCCUUUUCUUAGUCGUAGUACAUCAAAAGCUGCUGACGCCAGUAACCUUCCUGAUUAUGACUUUACUUUAUCUUCAUCUAAACCUAAUCCUUUUUUUGCUCCUAAAGCUACUGACGCCAGUGAGUUUCCUGAAUAUGGUUUUUCUUCGUCUACACCUAAUCCUUCUCUUGUUCAUAGUACAUUUAAAGUUACUGACGGCAGUGAGUUUCCUGAAUAUGGCUUUUCUUCGUCUACACCAAAUCCUUCUCUUGUUCAUAGUACAUUUAAAGUUACUGACGGCAGUGAGUUUCCUGAAUAUGGCUUUUCUUCGUCUACACCAAAUCCUUUUUUUAGUCGUAGUACAUCGAAAGCUGCUGACGCCAGUGAGCUUUCUGAUUAUGAUUUUACUUCAUCUACACCUAAUCCUUUUCUUACUCGUAGUACGUCUGAUACUGUUGGCCACAGUACGCUUCCUCAAUAUGUCUCUUCGCGAUCUGCGUUUAUUACCAGUUACAUUAGUACCACAUCUAAAACUGUUCGCCGCCGUUCACUUCCUGAUUCGUGGAUUACAGUACGUUUAAUUUAUAGAGCAGAAUCUAAUGGGCCAAUGAGCGAUUCAGGCAAAUUUAAGCCAAAUUUGCUGGAAACAGAACGACAAGCAACGUCGAUUUUUCAUCGGAUAAUAAAUUUGAAUGAAAAUUCCAAGAAAUCGAUUCAGUCGAGAUUUAUAAGCAUAUUAACAGAAUUUAUUUGGGCAUUUCUUGAUGAUUUAUAUCAAAAUGAACGAAAAAAACAGAUUUCUUAUUCGAAAUCUGAAAUUAUGGCGUCAACAACAAGUAAAGCACUUAAAAGAGUGAAGCGCACAAUAAAAGGUGCAGUGGAAGCGAUUUGCCCAACUGGAAAAUUAUUCGACAAACUUUCUCGUGAAUGUUUACCAGCGAAGAAAUGCGUCGAAAUUCACCUAAAUUAUACUCGACAAUUACAAAAUCCAUCAUUUCCAUGUGAAACACUUCCAAAUGGUUUUUAUUCGCUAUCGUUGUGCUCAAAUCGUUUUAUCGUAUGCGAAUCAAAUCGACGAGCACAAAUAAUUUCGUGUAGUUGUGGACUUUAUUUUAAUACAAAAACGAAUUCGUGUGAUUUUAAGGAAAAUAUUGAAAGUUGCAAAUCGAAUUAUUAUCAUUCACACCAACAAAUGAUAAGCGAUAAUAAAUAUUUUGAGAAAAAAAUUGAAAUGGAAGAGAUUUUCGCAUAUAUCGCAAAUACGAAUUGUACAAAAACUAAUCAUAAUCGUCUAAUAUCAUUUAAUAAUUGUACGCGAUUUUUUCUCAAAUGUAUAAAUAAUAAAAAAUAUAUUUUUCGAUGUCCAAAAGGAUAUAUUUUUAAUGAGGAAUCGGCGAAAUGUGAUUCUGCUCACGUCAUUUCUUGUAAUCAAUCGAAUAGUAAUGGGCUUGCAAAAAUGAAUAAAAUUGGUGAUUAUUAUGGUACCGAUUCGACAACAACGAUGGUGAUCGAAACUGGAGAAAUAAUUAAUAAUUUCAUAUGUAAUGCUAGUGGAAUAUAUUUUGCUAAUUGUUCUCGAUUUUUCGCAGUUUGUUACGAUGGAAUAUUGCAUAAUUUCGCUUGCUCGGAAUCGUUCAUCUUUAAUGAUGAAACAUAUAAUUGUGAACCUAAAGAAGAAGUACCAAUGUGUAAGGAGAGAAAACUAGUGGCAUAUUUUAAUGAUGCAAACAUUACGACAGCUAUCGACUAUGGCAAAUAUAUUACAAGCAUACGAAAUUCCAUAAAUUCAAAUGGAAUAAUUGCUGAAAAAUGUUCGAUUGAAUUUUCAAUCAUAAUUGAUAACAUUCAACAUAUAUUCCAUUGCAUAUCUCGGCAUGUAUUUGACGCUGCAAGCAAGAAAUGUAUUCCCAUGGAAAAUAGUACCAAUUGUGAUUUCGGAUAUGAUUAUCACGGAAAAAUAUUAAAAUUAUAUUCGGCAAAUAUUCAUUGCAAAUUCUCGAGAUCGACGACGGUUGCACUUGGCCAUUGCAAUUUGGAUUUCAUUGUUUGCGUGUCGCAAACGAAAGGCUUCAAAUUUUAUUGUAUUGGAGGAAAUUUAUUUGAUGAAAAGCUUGGCAAAUGUGUUCCAGCGAACCAGUGUGGUACCACUAUCGCAUUAACAAAUUUGAAAACAAAUAUUAAUGCUCAACAGCAGCAAUAUUUUUCUUGCCAAAAUCUUAAUGAUGGCGCGACGAAAGCAUUGGGACGCUGCGAUCAGUAUUAUUUAGUUUGCAAAGAUGGAAAAGCGAUAAAAACACGUUGCAAGCUCGAAUCAGAAGCGUUUUCAAGUGAUUUUGGCGUGUGCAUUGAUCGAACGAAAAAUGAUAAAUGUGAUAAUUUGCAUGAACGAAACAACGAAUUUCCUACCUCAACCAUCUCAGAUAUGAAAGGAAUUUCAUUUUGUAAUGAUAAAGAUGGAUUCUAUCGGCAUCCACGAAAUUGCUCACAAAUUAUUAAAUGUUUUGGCGGUGAAGCGUUUGAAUUUACUCCAUGUUCGCAAGGCUUGGUGUUUGAUGAAACGAUUCAAAAAUGCAAUUAUAAAGCUAACGUUCCCGACUGUAAACAGAUCGACAAUACUGAACAAAUAGCAUGCACAAACGAUAUCUAUGAAACUAUUCCGGACGAAAAUGAUCAAAGCGUUUAUUAUCGUUGCAUUUCCGGUCAACUUGAGAAAUUACAAUGUCCGCAUGGUACCGUAUUUGAUUCACUUCUUGAUGUUUGCGCGUAUCCAACCUAUCUGCAAAAAUAA